AUGGCGUACGCAUAUUACUACGAUCUCCCACCACCGUUGGUGGACCAUCUUCAUGAGCGAACCCAUCAACAUCAAAGUUUCAUGCAACAUCUGGCUCAUCGACAUCCCAGACCCGAAGAUCACCCAAACCAACCUGAUGUGGAUUUCCGCGACGCUAUCAAGGAGUACUUGGUUGAUAUCGAAGUGCCGGGAAUCAAAAAGCCCAGCGAAGUCACCGUGUCGUGGACGGGAUCUAGAUCGUUGCUCCUUACCGGGAGCGUUUCGCGACCAGAUUAUGGAAGUCCAGAAAAUGUCGAGGUGGAGGAAGAGAAAGACGACCCUCAUGCGGGCGGAACGCACUUGCUGGUGGGUGAGAGAAGAAUCGGUCCGUUCAGACGAUACAUCAACUUUCCCACCGAUGUGGAGAAUGUCAGUGUGACUCUCGAGGCUGGUUUGUUGAAGAUUCGUGCCCCAAAGAAGGGCUUCACCGAAGUGGCUCAGGCAAAGGUUGAUGUCAAGCACGAGUGA